UAUUUGAUUGACAAUUGAUGUUUGACUUGGAUUUGCAGGAGGAACUGGAUGAGAUUGAGGCCCUGUUGGAGAGAGAGCAGGAAUUGCUGGGCCAGCAAGACCAUUCUCACCACACCUCUGUCAACUUACUCCAUAGCCCAGACCAGAACUGGAGGCCCCCGAAACAGUUCAGCCAAAGGCAGAUCCGAACACCUCGCAGCAUUUCACGAACCCAAGGGAACUUUGCAGUACCUCAGAACCAAUUGGUGGCUCUCACCCGCAACAUGACGUUCUCAGAUGCAGAGGAGGACCACCAGGGCUCACGCAACAGCCAGGAUGCCUCCAACAGUGGUGGUGCUGGUGAAGGAUCAAGUAACCAUGAACGCUCAGUGAGCCGUUCUCGGACAGAAUCAGGUGUGAGCAAUGCCUCAACGGCCUCUCUGGUCACUCCACUCUCAUCCGCUCCUCCCAUGGCCAACGGGCAGGCUCCUACCGAGAGUAGUGACCCCACUACUCCGGUAGCCUCCGCAAGGGCUUCAGAUUUGUCAAACUCUGAAAUGAGUGCUGCUGCAGCUGCAGUCAGAAAUAGCACUGUUGCCGACAUGAAGUCCUCUAUGUGGACAGCACGCAGGCUGGUGAGAAGCUGCUCCCCAAGAAGGGGUGUGGACAGCAAGAAGAUAGUGGAGAAGCUGCACCAGAUUCAGGGCUACAUCCAGCAGACCACAUCAGCAAUGUCAGCUUUGGAACAGCAGGGUGAUGUGGGUUCCCAGAGUGACAUAUAUGCCAGAUUUGCAACACUGAAUCAGUCCCUGCAACUUCAGGAGGAGGAGUACAUGGACAUCCUGGCUAGGUCUCUUGUGCUAAACAAGGCUGCAGCUGCUGCACAGGCUGCUGCUCAAGCUGCCGGCAGUCCACACAAUGAAGAAACAACAACGCCCGCUUCAUCCUCUAGCAGAGAAGAAGUUCCGGUGACUACGAGCAGCUCAGGAGGUGGCAACCAGAUCGUUGGCAUUGUGGGUCCAGGAAGUGUGCGAUCCCUGCAGGAGCGUCUGGCAAUGAGCCAGGAGGAGUCACAGGAGAUCAUGGUGCGCAUGAGGGAAAGCAUCGCACGCAGAGAGGACCUCAUGACACGUUACAAGGCAACUCGUGAACGCCUAGAGAAUUUGAAGAAGCAACGAAGGGGCUUGCAGGAGGAGGAGAAACGGCUGUUGCAGUCCGCCAGUUCCUCAGAGACCCCCUCUGGUUCCUUUGACAGUCCCUUGCCUGGAUCAGAAAACUGGUCCAAUGAGGAGAUUGAAACAGCUAUCACAGACUUCCAGGUCUUGUACGACAAAAUAGAUAACCUUCUGACAGCAUACAAUGCAAAGGCUGAGACUAUAGACCCAGACGACGCACAGGCAGUAGCAGAAAUGAAUAACAAGAAGGAGCAGAUUUUGUCAAAACGUAGGGAGCUUAUAGAGUCACUUACAUGCCUCCGUGGCAUCCAGCAGAGGAGGGCACAGGAAGGGCCUUCAGAUGGCAAUGAAACCCCCUCGGCCUCAACUCCCCACACUCAGACAAACAACACGGAUACUAGCCAGACCCCCAGGGUCACCACUAGCAAUACUGGCAAUGAAGGAGCCACUGGAAACCCCCACCCACUUGUGGCACGACAGCAGCAGAGCCCCCCUACCGAUGGGGAAGGUGCAGCUCUCUCUGGCUUAAGGAAUGCUGUGGCCAGUGUCAACAUGUUGUCUGAGGAGAUGACCUCCAAGAGGAGUGAGCUGCAGUCUCUUCAGAAACAGCUUGGAGACAUGAAAAAGCUACUUGAAGUGACCACAGCUGCACGGCAGGAGGACGAGAGGAGAAUGAUUGAAGCACAACAGCGUCUUGCAAAAGCAGAAAAUGAGCAUGCCAUGGCAGCUGCAGCAGCUUCCAGGCGGGAUGAGCAGAUGGAAGGAGCAGUUGGGGGGGAGAUUGUGGGUGUGGACGGACGCAAGAUCCAGCUAUCUGAAGCGGAGAGAAAGAAUCCUGAAAUUGCAACCAAAUACAGAGAAAUCAGCCAAUCGAAGGCAAGGCUUGCCAUGAUGGAGGAGGCACUCUCUAUGAUCUCCACAGCUAGUAGGAAUCGUCAAAAUGUGAGGGAUGUGCUUCCACCCGAGUAUUUAGCUAUUCUCGAAGAUGCUGAGGGAUCUGACUUGGAGGACCCAAUACCCCGUAGGGUCACUACAGUUCCUGUGAUUGAGGAGGAACCAGAGACAGAAGAUAAGUACAAGCCUUCCAGAAGACAUGCUCACAGUGCAAGGAUGGGUGCUAGGAACCGUGAAGGAGCCACAUCUACAGGACGCAAUGAGCACAAUGUCCGCAAUGAGGAGAGCCGCGAGAUAUCAGCCAUGCAAAAGAGGCUCAACAAGACGAGCACAAGAAUAUCAGCUAUCAAUGAGGGCUCGCGACAAGGCCAUGAGAAGGGAGCCAUUAAGAAGCAGCCACAGGCACUAUGGCGGGAAGGGGGUGCUAAUGUCGACCCCAGAGUAUCUGAGAUGAUUGUAAUGCAGGAAGAACUGCGGCAAAAGAAGAAUGCCCUAGAAGCCCUCAUGAGGCGCAUGGGGAAGCCCUCUUCCCUCAACAUGGACAACAUCUCUGACAAUAUCUCAGACAACAUCUCUGAGCCCAUGGACAGGCUGGAUGGAGUGUCGGGAACAGCAGCCACUUGGGGAUCAGGGGCCAUGCAUGAUUACUCUGACAAUCACUAUCAUCAGACAAGUGAUGAGGAAUUACUUGAGGAGGACAUGGAAGGGGAGGUCCCAAUGCACAGCCACCGCCGCCCCCAACAGCAAUUGCCACCAACACCCAAAGAUCGCAACCACCAGCCUGGGUUCAGUCGACAACGGCGCCAUCAUGAAUCAAGCCGGCUUUCUGUCAAUAAUUUGGCAACUCCCCAGUUAGAGAGGCCUAAGCAUAACCGCUUCAGAAGUAGCAGUGUGCCCAAGGCAGUGUGGGAGUCUGUUCCAACCAUGGAUGGACGCACCUACAAGUCCCCCUCCAACACCACACUGCAGGCACAGCAGACCAUUGGUUCAGCUCUCUCUCAGCUGAAUCAAGUGCAGGACACCAUUAAUGGUUUGCGUGAAACCCUGCGCCAUGAGCAGAACCAGAUGAUUAGCACGUCAGGAGGGCAGUAUGGCUCAGUCGUGCCCCAGAUGAUGCCUGACCUAGCCACUGCUAGUCUUGGUACAUCCCCUUUGCCACAUAUGUCAGGAAUUGCUGUCUCUGGUGUCGGGGCAGUCACUCCCAUGUCUGCCUAUGCAGGUCUUGGCUCCCUAGGACUGGCUGGGCAGGGGGGUGAAAUGGGCAGUCCCAUGAACCAGCAGAUGAUGUCAGCUCUGCAGCAGUGCUUCUCUCAGCUCCAUCUGCACUCCCUGGAGAUCCAGGCCCUGAGCAAGCAUCUGCAGGUGAGGCGACCAAUGUUCUUCCCUCCAUACUACCCGCCUUACCAGUGAAGGCUGGGCAGGUGCAUGAGGCUCUAGUCACGCUGCCAUAGACAGGGUUACAAAUGUAUGUAGGUAGCGAUAUGAAACUUUGGCAUCACAUCAGCUCAGCGAUGAGUGAGGAGCUGUUAGUGUAAACAUAAUUUUAAUUUUUUGGAGGUAUUGUUAUGUUUACUAUUUAUUCAAGUAUGUGAAUGGUAUUUUAUUUAUUUGAGUUUUAUGAAUGCUGUACUGGGAAAUGGAGGAUUAUAAAGCCAGGCAAUGUGCAGUUCUCAGAACUCUAGAUGUCAUUGCAGAUUUUUCAUAGCUGAGUUUUUUGAAGAGCACUGUGAGGUAGCUGACUCUAAAAACAUUCUUGUAUAUACAGUUCUGUUUGUAUGAUUUUAAAGAAGUAUGCAUACAAAUGAAAAAAGAUAAUAAUCCAUCUAAAAGAAUGAGACUUCCCAUUCUUAUUGUCCACUCAAUAUUGCAACUCCGUCCGGCUGUCUACCAUCUAUAUCACUGGGGAUGUGUAGCACUUAGAAUUAAGACUCUAACACGCUCUGAGUUGUGCAUCAAGAUCAGAAACCAAAAGAGGUAUGACUCUUUGUAAAGGAUACGUUAGUUUCUACAUAAGAAAUGGCCCCUGCUUCUGUUUGUUUAGCAUUUUUAGAUUUCAUUGUCAGAGAGAACCAUCACUGUUAUCAGACAAACUCUGUGAUAUAUUUAUUGGGAAGAAACAGAUCUAUGUAAUGCUCCCAGUAAACGUGAGUUCAAAAUGAAGGUGUUACUGGCCAGUCUUCUUCUUUUCUUGUCUUUUCUUUUUCUUUUUCUUCCUUUUUCUAUCUUACUUUUUGUAUCUGUAUUUGAAUUUCUUUUGUUUUCAUUGUUCUCUGGUUUGUUCUCAAGAAAGUCAGCCUAGUAACUGACAAGCAUUACGAGCAUUGUAUUAUUCUCUAAGUUUCUAGACAAUUAAGAC